GCCUCCACGUUAAUGAAUAGCCGCGGCCCGCGCGAGACCAACGAGACGAUUAUGCCGAGAUAAAGAGCAUCUGACUCGCGCUCUGUCCGAUAAUGGCAUGCGGUGGUUCACCCGCGGAGGAUUUCCCGGACAAAGUGAUGCCCAGAGCUGCUCCCUGCACGUGCAGCAAGAAGUGCAGGAGUCGGAGCGGCAGUGUCGUCUUCCUGGGAUUAUUCCUGCUGUCGCUGUGCCUGCACGCUGUCACCCUCGUCUGCUAUUUGGACCUGCGCUCCGAAGUCAAAAGGGAAAUUAUCCACCAGAAGCGGGACUCCAUGUUGACACUCGCGGGGAGUGACCUGGCUGACCCGGCGGCGCUGCUCUCGACCGGCCACCCGCGACUGGACUCCGGCAGCGGCCGCGGCGGCGGCGGAGGAGGAGGAGGAGGAGGAGAGGGUCAUGAGGAGAAGUUACUGCACAGAAAUAGCGACUUCCACGCCACAGAGGAUAACAGGGGCAUAACUCAGCGAGCGAAAAGGAGUCCCGGCAAGCAGCCAGAACCAGAAUCGACUGGGAAGGAAAAAAGGAAAGAGAAGAGAAAAGGGAAAAAAAGGUCAGUGCCGGGCCCCCCUGGCCCCCCUGGUCCCCCGGGCCCACAGGGGCCACCGGGCAUCCCUGGAAUCCCCGGCAUUCCAGGAAGCAACGCCGUGGGGCCUGCUGGACCCCCUGGACCCCCCGGGCCACAGGGACCUCCGGGCACUCAAGGUCCAGCAGGAGUUCCAGAUAAGACGAAAACAAAGGAAUUCCAGCCUGCAGUGGUUCAUCUGCAAGGGCAGGAGACGACCAUCCAAGUGAGAGAAGAUCUGUCUGAAGGCAUCCUUAGGAACUGGAAGAUGGUGUCCAUCCACCACCGUGUGUUCAAAAUGCACUCUCGCUCUGGAGAGCUAGAGGUGCUGCUGGACGGUGUCUACUUCAUAUAUAGUCAGGUAGAAGUGUACUACCUCAACUUCACCGACAUUGCCAGCUAUGAGGUGAUGGUGGACUCAAACCCGUUCCUCCGCUGCACCUGCAGCAUCGAGACGGGCCAGCGCAAGUUCAACACCUGCUACACGGCUGGGGUGAGCCUGCUGCGCGCCGGCCAGAGGAUCUCCAUACGCAUAGUGUAUGAGGACACACUCAUCAGUAUGACCAACCACACCACCUUCCUGGGAAGUGUCAGACUUGGAGAGGCUCCAUCUGCUGGACAGAACUGAUAACUGCACGACACCACCGGCCCUCAUGCAGAAAUGAGAAGUCGCUCGCAAUGGUCGAAUCAGUAGGAAGCAACUUCUAGCCCAAGUCUUGAUCCUGUUUAGAGGAAACCUAAACCCUCUGGCUCAUUAAAGUCGAGGGAGUCCCCCGGGUGACUCUGGUCCACUUUCACAGCCCUGUAUUAAAAAGGACAAUAUAGACGGAUGUACUUCCCCCUCACAUUGAUUCUGUGCAAAGAGAUCAGCCUCGAUGAGCCGAGCGUCCUCAUCAAACAAAAGUUUCUAUUUAUAGUCACCAUUUUGUGUCAACACAGACGGCAUCUCUCUUUAUAACAAGGAAGGACACUGCGCUGACAUAUACUUAAUAUUUACAUAUUUUUAAGUGCUGUUGAAUGAUAAUCUUGAAUCUCCAAAAACACCAGCUAUUCAAAAUGUUGUAUUUGCAGUUUUUAUAGUUUUUAAUUAAUUUAAUUACACUAACAGUUAUGAGUAAGUGGUUUAAAGCUCCAUACGCCCCUGGGUUAAGAAAACAAUCUAAAGACCGUAUACAUGUUCAAAGCGAGUAUAAAGGUAUCUAUGCAAAGCUGAGAAAAAUCUAUUAAAACUGGAGUUAUAAGGUAUUCACGGAGCAACAGCACUAUAUAUUUUGCGCACAUUUGCACUACAGCAUCCCUGCAGAAUAUCAGUGAUAUGUUUUGUUACAGUGCUAUUGUUUAGUUACCGUGUGAAUGAAUCAUGUGGAAAAAUGAUAGUUGUUUAUACGUCUAUGUACAUAUUGUAUAUAAAAUGGGAUAUACUUUUGUAAAUGGAGUUGAU